AUGCCGCAGGAUCCAAGCUCGGGGGUUCAUCAAGACCUCCUGCCCCACGCGCAUCUUGUAUCGACCCAUCGUUAUGCGUUGAUGCCCAGAGUUGACCUCCCGGAUGUUGCAAAGUGGCUCAUGGAUGCACCCCGGAUCGCGAAAAACCAGAGCCCCUUUCACUGGACAUACCUUGACGGACCUGUUGAUGGCACAAUACUCUUGACUUGGCAGCCGUUAGCACGGCUCGGUACCAAUUUCGCGAGCGAUGGCUUCGUCUGGGCCUCGCCCGAGCAGUACUUCAAGCAAGAUUUGGGCAAUGGCCUUGUAGUAGAGAUAUAUCUCCAAAAGUCCGGUUUCCUGCCGGGAGAACAAGCAGCCUUACAUGCGCGCCGCCGAUUUCGUCUCGUCCCUGCCCAAGCCGGCAACCCCCAUGCGCCCCAGCCAGAUGUUAGUUUGUGGAUUGUUCACUACGGGCCCUCGGAACCGAACGACCGGAUCCCCGUGAAUAUGAUUCCCUUCGACGAGCGCAUUCACGCCUUGAUGAAUACUCGACAAUGGCGUACCCCCGCAGACGCCGUCAGGUCCCCCGCUAAGCGAGCUCGCCACGCGUCCACGGCCCAAAACCCACCUGCACCUCAGCCCGCGCAGGCCGUACCCGCCGAAGCCGUCUACGACGAUGACGAAGAUACUUCGCGAGGAGACAUGUUUGACCAGCUGACUGUGCGCGAGAUUGCGCUGAGCCGCUAUCAGCAGAACCACGAAUGGAUGGAGGAGAUUCUAUCGUCCGCCUACCGCAUCGACCAGAUCAGCCCCCUGACUUGGGGUGGGGAGGCGCCCGAACACACCAUUGAUAGACCGUAUGCCACGAGUCUCGAUCCGAAGCUUACGGAAGAAUUUCGGAAGCGGAUAACUAAUUUCAUGGAGACGUCGAAGGCGGAGAUGGAGACGAUGAAAUCCAACCACGAGCAGGCGUUGGCGCAGAUCAAAGUGAGCGCCCUCAUUGUUCAGGCGGAAAAGGAGUUGAGGGAUACAGUGGAUACUUCAGAAGAAGAACCCUGGCGCCUCGAAGGGAGGGCCGACGACGCCGACGAGGACUCCAAUCGAUCGUUGCCGCGGAAGUCUGGGAGAAAGAUGGAUGACAUCGUGUCUGAAAUUGAGAGCCGCCUCAAGCAAAAGACUCGCUCGCCGGAGCCAGAGAUUCCCGCGCCAGCUCCUGCUCUACCUGCUCCGGCAGCGGCGCCUGGCGGGGGAAUGGGAAUGGAUGACCCCGACCUUGAGAUGGGUGGUACUGCUGGGGAGCUCCUCAGCCAGAUGCAACCAGGCGUCUCGUCUACUUCCACCCCAGCCGCUCACACUGCGUCCGCCCUCCCUUCCGCAGUUGCGACCCCUCACGACAUUGGCAUCCCAUCCCCCGCAGCCCAGCCCGCCAUCCCCGAAGAGAGGACCGCUCAGCCCGCUGCUAGUGACACUGUCAUGGGAAACACGGAUUCAUCCGCCAAGGCCGGCCCUCAAACGGCGCCUGACCAAGCUGGCACUCCUGUAGAUGGCGGCUCAGCGUUUGAAAACGACUUCAGCUCGUUGGGUGACUUGGACACAGCAGGCGACGCUCUGGCAAAUUACGAGGCGCCUAGUGGCGCUGACCUUGGUGACGGGCUCGACCUUAAUAUGGACAUGGAUGAUUCUGCCUUUGGCGAUGCGUUCCACGGGGUUUCGCAAUCAGGAACACCCGCUGAUGGCAACCCCGAUGGUAUGUGA